AAUUUUUGUACAGUCUAUGCUGUUUCAAAAGGAAAAUUGUCAUCCAUCCGGCCAUCAGAUUUGGAGACAAAUGGAAGCAUUAGAGAUGACAGCAGUGUUACAAGUUCUACUAAUAGCUCAUCAAGUCACACUUUGAGCUUACAAACAGGUGGUUGUAACUGAGAGGGCGGGACAUGCAUUUGAUGUGAUGGCAUCUCUUGCCAACAAGGAACUCAAUUCAUAUGAUGGUGUCAUAGCUGUCGGCGGUGAUGGCUUCUUCAAUGAAAUCCUUAAUGGGUUUCUUCUUCCUAGGUAUAGAGCUCCUCACCCUCCAUCUCCUUCAGAUUUCAUUCAUUCUGAUGGAAGCAAGGGCAGUGCUUUAGUUCCCAAGUCAAAUGAGACGGUUCCAGAAACUGCUCACAAAAACGAAGAUAAUUCUCCUCUUAUUUCAAGUUCUAUAUGUAACGGUUCUGGAUUAGGAGAUUUCAGAACAGAAGAUGGUCCUUCCUUCACAGAUCAAGAUCUAGAGUUCCCUCGACUCAAAGAACGGUUUAGAUUUGGAAUUAUUCCUGCUGGUUCAACUGAUGCCAUUGUGAUGUGUACAACUGGAAUACGAGAUCCCAUAACAUCUGCAUUGCACAUUGUCUUGGGUAAAAGGGUGUACCUUGAUAUAGCUCAAGUUGUGAGAUGGAAAACGUCAUCCACAUCAAAUGUUGAACCAUGCGUACGCUAUGCAGCUUCUUUUGCUGGGUAUGGAUUUUAUGGAGAUGUUAUUACGGAGAGUGAAAAAUACCGUUGGAUGGGCCCUAAACGUUAUGAUUAUGCUGGAACAAAGGUGUUUUUGAGACACAGGUCAUAUGAGGCAGAAGUAGCAUACAUGGAAACUGAACCAGAAAAAACAAAUUCAGCUGCUGGGAAAGGUCAUCCACUUAGCAGAAUGAGAGCAGUAUGGGGUCCUGAAAAAUCAGAAAGAGCAAUUUGUCGCAUGAACUGUGGUGUCUGUAAAACGAAGCCUGUUUACAUGUCCACAAGAAGUCCCCGUGCAACACCCUAUUCGCGCCCAGAAGAAACUAGAUGGCGGAGAUGCAGAGGACAUUUUCUUAGUGUUGGUGCUGCUGUAAUUUCUAACAGAAAUGAAAGAGCACCUGAUGGCUUGGUGGCUGAUGCUCACCUUUCUGAUGGUUUCCUGCAUCUUCUGUUGAUUAGAGAUUGUCCUCGUGCUUUGUAUUUAUGGCACCUUACCCAGCUUGCAAAGAGAGGUGGAAAACCCCUGAAUUUUGAGUUUGUAGAACACCAUAAGACCCCAGCUUUUACAUUUACUUCGUUUGGCAAUGAGAGCGUCUGGAAUUUGGAUGGCGAGCUCUUUCCAGCACACCAACUCUCAGCACAAGUAUUUCAAGGGCUUAUUAGCUUAUUUGCUUCUGGUCCUGAAGUUUAGUAGUACUGUCCAUCAGAUGGAUUUCUUUAUGUAAUCAAGCUGUUCAAUGACUAAGUCUUUUAUCAAUCACAGAUCAGUUUAAUGAUAUCUGGAGAGCUGUACAGGCGGCUUUAGUUCCAGAGGUUGUGAAUUUUAAGUCACUGUAUACUAUUUUGGAGAAAGAUCAAAGAUUAGUUGUAGGAUUAGGGAUGAUUUAACGUUCCAUCUUAUGUAUACGGUAGAACCGAGAGCAAAAGGAGAAAAAAUAACAAAAUGUUCUGUAACCACAUAGUUUUAUUGUCAACAUUAUUGAGUAAAGGUUACUUUUUCCCUUUUAUUA